AAAAGGCCUUCCCUGUCCUGGAACGAGCUCAUGGACAUUGGAUUGCCUUGACCAUCUGUCAGCACCACGCGAAGGUGGUCAAUGAAGCGACGCGCAAAGCGAAAGUCUACAGAGAGAAGACUACUGCUGCUGCUCCCCAAGACGAUGACCUCAGCAACGCGCACGACGUUGUCCAUGGAGCGUCAUCUGCUCGCGUCGAUGACGAGAACACUCGCUGCGAGACACCCGCUUCCGUCCUCUCUGAAGACGAUGAUAUUGACGAGGCUGCAUCGAGAGUUGUGGCCUAUCAUGGGGAGAAAACAUUGGCUAACAAGAUGUAGCGUCAAGCAAACAAGAAUGUGCAUGUUUCCAAGGCAAGUCCGUCCCAUCUUUGAUGUUAUAAGACUGACCAGUGGCCAGAAGUCAAGCAAAGAUCGAUCCACCUCCUCGUCUCGCAAGUCCGGAAGAACAUCAAAGCUAUCACGCAGAGCACAGGACGCUGAGCAAGGCAGCGCUACUAUGACCAAGGCCAAGACUGCAGCAUCACAAGCAAAAACGGCGCACAAGUCUGCCAAGAAGGCCAAGAAAGCGGCAGCACGUCUGUAG